GAAUGUAAAUAAAUAUAAUUGCAGAAGUGAAUGUAACAAACAAGCUUUAUUUUGGUUUAAUAAAAAUGCUUUGUCGUCUCUGCUUGGAGGGUUCUGAUAACACUUUCGACAUUCUUUCCGACACUUCUGAAACGGAAAUUUCUAAAAUCAUUUCAAAAUAUUUUCACAUUGAGGUUCAACCACACGAUAAUGUAUCCAACAAGAUUUGUGCGGAAUGCUGGCGGUGUACAUCAGAUUUUCAUAAAUUUUGGUUAAAUAUAGAGGAAAAACAAAAGAAGCUUCAAACAGAUUUCGUAUGUACUCAAAUAAAACAGGAUAUCGACGAAUUCCAAACAGAGGAGUUACCAAAUACACUUAUCCAUUCUCCAAUUGAAACUAAAAAUAAUGAGUUGUGUGAGCCAGAAAUAGAUAUGUUAGUUAUAGAACCCAUAGUUUGCGCAGAUGGCUUGGAAUUCGAGUCAGCUGAUAUCUCUAGAAUGUCAGUGUCUUCGCCUGCUGAACAUUUUAUUGAAUUGAAGACCACAGCAAAAAGAAAGUACACAAAAAGAAAUAUUAAAAAAACAAAACCAGAAAUAACAAAUAUUGAACGAAGUUUACGCUCAGCAAAGAAAAAUAAAGAAAAAACUAAACUCCAAAAAAAAUCAGAAAAAAAUUUACAAACAGACGAAGAAGGGAAACAUUCUCUGGAUAACGGGCAUAAUAAAAUUAAAAAGAAAAUUGAGAAAAAGGGGAACACAAAAUCUUUAAUAAGAGAAUUAGAUGAAUUCAUAGCGGAGAAUAUCCAAUUAACCUGUUGCAUGUGCUCAGUACCAUUAAAAGACUUCAGUGACUUAAAGAAACAUUUUAGACAAAUCCACCAAUGUGUGGGUUAUGUACCUUGCUGUAAUAACCGUUACAAUAAGCGAACAUUGUAUGUAGAUCAUCUAAGGCUGCAUAAGGAUCCAGACUUUUUCAAAUGUACAAUAUGCAAUAAACAAUUAGCCAGCAGGAAUAACUAUCAAAAUCAUAUGGAUGCGAUACACCCAGAUGCUGAAAGUUUAUUAUAUCCUUGUAAAUUAUGUCCCCGAAAGUUCGCUAAACAAUACAUAUUGGACUAUCAUGUGAAAUCCAGUCAUACCAGGACACGAAAUUUUAUAUGCAAAAUCUGCAAUAAAGGAUUCAUCAAUUCUGCCGUCUUAAAACAGCAUGAGAAAGCUGUUCAUUUAAACACAUACGAUUCGGUAUGUGAAGUUUGCGGUAAAUGUUUGAAAACAGCACAAAAUCUCUUAUCUCAUAUGGAGGCCAUACAUAAUUCGGAACCUCGUCCUGAAGAACAAUGUAAGAUUUGUUUGAAAUGGUUGAAGAACGCUAGAUGUGUUAGAAAGCACAUGAUUUUGCAUCGUGAUCAAGCAUCUGGCUUGGAGUUUAAAUGCCCGCAAUGUGGAAUGGAAAAGAGUACACGUCAUGCUCUUUCAGCACAUAUACGCUAUCAUCAUUCGGACAAAGUAUUUACAUGUACGAUGUGUACUAAAGAAUUUAAAAACCCACGCUCCUUGAAAGAACAUGAAUCUUCACAUACUGGAACGCAUUUGUACACUUGUUGUUUUUGCCCAAAAACAUUUAGAUCGCACGGUAAUAUGCACAAACAUAAGGUUAACAAUCAUUCAAAUGAAUGGGUUCGGAGCCGAACGCAACCAAAUGAGAUUACAAAAACCUUGCUCAACAUUAUGGAACCAAAUGAAGAACAAAGUUGAAAACGCCAACGUCUCGUUCUCAAAUAUAUUUCUGUAUUAUAUAUAUAUAAUUGGCGCUUUGUAACCGCUGAAUCAUUUUAUAUUUAAAAUAAAUAUGUUUAUGCAUAGUGAACAUAAAUUGGU